AACCCUAACCCUUCCAUGACUAUCACGACUCUUGCUGCAGCUGCAAGUACUACUUCAUCUGAUCAUCACAGCAAGAUGGAAUCUGUUGUCUACUGCAUCGUGCUCCUCUGUUUGACCAGUGGACUGUGGAUGGAGGCAGAUGCAAAAGCUGAGGAAAAGGAUUGCAGUGGGAGCUGCCCCCCUGGUUGGACCAAGCUUGGCUCUCGCUGUUUCCUCUUCAAGAAUCAUGCAAUGAACUGGGCUAGUGCUGAGAGAGAUUGCCUUGCCCUCGGAGGGAAUCUGGCUUCUAUCCAAUCGACCACCGAAUACAACUUCAUCAGAAAGUUGGUGAGAACAGCAACAGGCCAAGAUCUAAACUUUUGGGCUGGAGGCCAUGAUGCUGUCAUGGAGGGAGUGUGGCUGUGGAGCGAUGGCUCUAAGUUUAGCUUCAGCAGAUGGGGCAGGGGGGAGCCAAGCAACUAUAGAGGAAAGGAACACUGUAUGGAGGUUAACUAUGGAGCUAACAAACAAGUCAACGACGUAGACUGUCUCGACAAGCAACCUUUUGUCUGUUCCUCCUCCCUGAAAUGAUCACAUCUUCAGUCAGGAUGUCACUUCUACCAGGAUGUCAGGCCUCGAUGACAUCAGUGUUUUGAAGAUUUAUCCACACUCCUGAUUCACUUUCAUAUUUAAUCAAUAAACUGAUUCACCCAGCUAAGCAAUA